GAUGUGAGGCCGGCGCCCCAACCCCCCGCCCCGCCAUGAGCCCCCCGCUCUGAGGGCCCCGGCCCCUGGAUGCACAGCCCCGGCGCUGAUGGGACCCAGGUGAGCCCGGGCACCCACUGUCCCAGUCCCCCUGGCACAGGCCGCCUCACGCCCCACGCAGACACACCAGGCCCCCAGCCUCAGCCCAUGGAUCUGCGGGUGGGCCAGCGGCCCCCAGUGGAGCCCACCCCGGAGCCCACACUGCUGGCCCUGCAGCACUCACAGCGCCUGCACCAUCACCUCUUCCUAGCAGGCCUGCAGCAGCAGCAGCAGCAGCAGCAGCGCUCCGCGGAGCCCCUGAGGCUCUCAAUGGACACGCCGAUGCCUGAGUUGCAGGUGGGGCAGCAGGAGCAAGAACUGCGGCAGCUUCUCAAUAAGGACAAGAGCAAGCGGAGUGCCAUAGCCAGCAGUGUGGUUAAGCAGAAGCUGGCGGAGGUGAUUCUGAAGAAACAGCAGGCAGCCCUAGAGAGAACAGUCCAUCCCAGUAGCCCCAGCAUUCCCUACAGAACUCUCGAGUCCUUGGAGACAGAAAGAGCCACCCGCACCAUGCUCAGCAGUUUUCUGCCUCCUGUUCCCAGCCUGCCCAGUGACCCCCCAGAGCACUUCCCCCUGCGUAAGACAGUCUCUGAGCCCAACCUGAAGCUGCGCUACAAGCCUAAGAAGUCCCUGGAGAGAAGGAAGAAUCCGCUGCUGCGGAAGGAGAGUGCCCCACCCAGUCUGCGGAGGCGGCCAGCGGAGACCCUCGGGGACUCAUCCCCCAGUAGCAGCAGCACACCCGCGUCAGGGUGCAGCUCCCCCAACGACAGUGAGCACGGCCCCAACCCAGUCCUGGGCUCUGAGGCGCUCUUGGCCCAGUGGCUGCGGCUGCAGGAGACCUCUCUGGCUCCAUUCACCUUGCCGACAGUGUCCUUGCUGCCCGCAAUCACGCUGGGGCUGCCCGCCCCUGCCAGGGCUGAUGGGGACCGCAGGACUCAUCCAACUCUGGGUCCUCGGGGACCAGUUCUGGGGAGCCCCCAUGCUCCCCUCUUCCUGCCUCCUGGCCUGGAGCCUGAAGUUGGGAGCACCUUGCCCUCUCGCCUACAGCCCAUCCUCCUCCUAGACCCCUCAGUCUCUCAUGCCCCGCUGCUGACUGUGCCUGGGCUUGGGCCCCUGCCCUUCCACUUGGCCCAGUCCUUACUGACCACCGAGCGGCUCUCCGGGUCAGGCCUCCACCGGCCACUGAGCCGGACCCGCUCAGAGCCCCUGCCCCCCAGCACCACUGCCCCCCCACCGCUGGGCCCCCUGCAGCCCCGCCUGGAACGGCUCAAACCUCACGUCCAGCUGAUCAAGAGGCCAGCCAAGCCAAGUGAGAAGCCCCGACUACGGCAGAUACCCUCAGCUGAGGACCUAGAGACAGAUGGCGGGGGCGUGGGGCAGGUGGGAGACGACAGCCUGGAACACAGGGAGUCAAGCCAUGGGCAGCCAGAGGCCAGAGGCCCCUUUUCUCUUCAGCAGCACCAGCAGGUGUUCCUCUGGGAGCAGCAGCAGCAGCAGCGACUGGUGGCGCGGCUCCCCAGGGGAGGCCCUGGGGACUCUGUGCUGCUUCCCCUGGCCCAGGGUGGACACCGGCCUCUGUCCAGGGCUCAGUCUUCCCCAGCUGCACCUGCCUCAUUGCCAGCCCCAGAGCCCAUUAGCCAGGCUCGUGUCCUUCCCAGCUCUGAGACCCCCGCCAGGACCCUGCCCUUCACCACAGGGCUGUUCUAUGACUCAGUAAUGCUGAAGCACCAGUGCUCCUGUGGAGACAACAGCAGGCACCCGGAGCAUGCUGGCCGUAUCCAGAGCAUCUGGUCCCGGCUGCAGGAGCGGGGACUCAGGAGCCAGUGUGAGUGUCUCCGGGGCCGGAAAGCCUCCCUGGAGGAGCUGCAGUCAGUCCACUCUGAGAGGCACGUGCUCCUCUACGGCACCAACCCACUCAGCCGCCUCAAACUGGACAACGGGAAGCUGGCAGGACUCCUGGCACAGCGGAUGUUUGUGAUGCUGCCCUGUGGUGGGGUUGGGGUGGACACUGACACCAUCUGGAAUGAGCUGCAUUCCUCUAAUGCAGCCCGCUGGGCUGCAGGCAGCGUCACAGACCUUGCCUUCAAAGUGGCUUCCCGUGAGCUAAAGAACGGUUUUGCUGUGGUACGGCCCCCAGGACACCAUGCAGACCGUUCCACAGCCAUGGGCUUCUGCUUCUUCAACUCAGUGGCCAUAGCCUGCCGGCAGCUGCAACAACAGGGCAAGGCCAACAAGAUCCUCAUUGUGGACUGGGACGUUCAUCAUGGCAACGGCACCCAGCAGACUUUCUACCAGGACCCCAGUGUGCUCUACAUCUCUCUGCAUCGCCAUGAUGACGGCAACUUCUUUCCAGGCAGUGGGGCUGCGGAUGAGGUGGGGGCUGGCAGCGGUGAAGGCUUCAAUGUCAAUGUGGCCUGGGCCGGAGGUCUGGACCCCCCCAUGGGGGACCCUGAAUACCUGGCUGCCUUCAGGAUAGUCGUGAUGCCCAUCGCCCGAGAGUUCUCUCCAGACCUGGUCCUGGUGUCAGCUGGGUUUGAUGCUGCCGAGGGUCACCCACCCCCACUGGGUGGCUACCAUGUGUCCGCCAAAUGUUUCGGGUACAUGACGCAGCAGCUGAUGAACUUGGCAGGAGGUGCAGUGGUGCUGGCCUUGGAGGGCGGCCAUGACCUCACCGCCAUCUGUGAUGCCUCCGAGGCCUGUGUGGCUGCUCUUCUGGGCAACAAGGUGGAUCCCCUCUCUGAAGAAGGCUGGAAACAGAAACCCAACCUCAAUGCCAUUCGCUCCCUGGAAGCUGUGAUCCGGGUUCACAGUAAAUACUGGGGCUGCAUGCAGCGCCUGGCCUCCUGUCCAGAUGUCUGGGUGCCCAGGGUGCCAGGGGCCGACCCAGAAGAAGUGGAAGCAGUGGCCGCGCUGGCAUCGCUCUCUGUGGGCAUCCUGGCUGAAGAGAGGCCCUCAGAGAAGCUGGUGGAGGAGGAAGAACCUAUGAAUCUCUGAGGCUUCAGAACGGAUCUGCCCACCCACUCUUGCCCUGUGGACCUGGUUCUUUCUAACCUCUGGCAACAAUACCUGCACCCCAGGUCUUCAGAGACCUGUUGGUGGGUGGUCGGGGCCAGAAAACAGCCUGCCUUGCCAUCACCCCAGGGAGCCCAAGAAGGCCCCUGGGCCUUGAGGUGGGGACCAAACAGAACCUGAGAGGGCAGGCUGGGCAGCCAUUCAGGCCCCACAGGACACUCCCGAGAACAGAUUCUGCCCCUUGGGUCUGGGCCCCUGGCUGUGGCCCCCGUUCCUCAGGACGUGUAGAGGACUGGCUUCAUGGGGCCCACCCUUAACCACUAUUCUUGGCUCCACAGACCCAGGACUUUGCACACAGCCCCAGGCCCCACACAGAAAUGUGAACUUGGCCUCAGCCAGGGCGGCCCUUCCUAGGAGGGGCCAGAGGGAGAGGUCCCUAGGAGGGGAGGGGGAUGAAGCCAAGGGUCCCAUAUCCCUUUCUGCAAGGGGAGUCCCUCCUCUUGCCUGCUUCCUCAAAUGACUCUGGAAGCUUCUACUCUCCACCGCUGGGCACUGAGACGAAGCUCCCUCUGAGAGCAGUCACCGGCAAGCUUCCCAUCCGGUCCUGCCAGAGGCCACCCUACGUUGACCACUUCAGUGCCCUGGUGGAGCGGACAGGUGCUCUUGGAGUUCUGUGCUUCCCGAUCCAAUGGUGCCAAACCCUCGUCUCCCCCUGGGGGCCCAACACAGCCCCUCGGGCACUGCCCUCCCACCAUGAACCUUCUCUGUUUAUGGGGUCUCCCCACCCUACUCUGACUCCUGCCCCACAUAGGACCAGCUUGGCUGAGGGGGAAUGGGGUGAGAAGAGUGGAUGCAAGACGUGGAGAAGGGGAGGCUGCCCUGGCAAAGUCUUCAAGGCUUCUGGGGUUCAGGACUGGGGCCAAGAAGGAAAGUAUUUGUGUGUGUGUGUGUGUGCGUGCUCGUGUGCGCGUGUGCGUGUGUAUGCGUGUGAGCAUGCAUGUGUGUAUGUUUCCCAGGCCCACUAUACCGUUUGUGUGCAUGUUUUUAUAAAAAAAAAAAAAAAAAAUUUAAAAACGGAAAAAAAAUUGAACAAUAAAUGUUUUAU